AUGCACUCGAACCAGCUACUGUACAAUGGCAAGGUGUCGAUGUUCUCCUAUGAAGAUUGCACGUUCGGCACGAGCUCGGUCGACCAAGAUUGGAACGAAUACAUGGUGCUGAACUGCAUCGUCGACACGCGUGUCUACUACUAUGGCGAGAAUCAGCUACUUUCGCAGCGCCGGGAAACACUCAUCGCGAACCCUAACGUGGACCGCUUCGCCGACACCAACCCUUGGAACGACUACGGCGGGCUGGAUUAUGUUGGCUCGGUCGACGGCAUACAGCCCUUGUCGAUUUCGAACACGCCACUGCGGCUCACGGACUGGCUCGACUUUAUCGCGUACUACACCGCCAGACGGAGGCCUACUCAUCUAUCAUCCGAGACCGCAGGUACCGUCCUUACUUCGCAGACACAAGACCGACUCUGGGAGGUUGUCCAGCUGACACUGCUCCGGCGAAUGUCCGACGCCCGCAUGCCUGCAGGGACGAUUAAGCUCAAGCUUCUGCUCGCCCCAGAUUGCGCCGUCUCAAGCGCUGUCGCGCGUGGCGCAGGCAGCACGAUCUCGGCAUGA